AUGAGUCUAAAUCCAAGAGUUUCAUUCAUCCCAGAUAGAUCAACAAAAUCUACAACAAAUCCAAAAGACAGUUUUCUCCCAACUCUAGAUAGACAGAAAAGUUUGGGUGAAAUCGAUGAGACAGUAUAAGAAGAUGACAGUUUUUAUCAGCAAAAUGCAGGGGAUUUUAAUAUCUUUGAUAAGCAAAUGAUAUAUAAAAGAUCCAGGACUAAAGAAGAUCUCUCUGAGUAUCGUGGAUUAUUGAUACCACAUUCCCUAACCUAGCAAAAAAUAGAUCCAGCAAUGACUGAAAAAAUAAGUAAACUUAAAGAGGGCAAGGAAUUGAAAUAACGCUAUCUUGAGAUGGUCCUAUCAUCUACAGUCAAUCUUUAGUAAGAUAAAAUGCAGUAGGUGAUGAAAUCUAACAAAAACCUAUCAGGAAACAUAUAGAUAAUUGAUUUCCACUAAACAUAGCCUGAUCCAAUAACUCUUAAGCAGAUAUAAAUGCAUCCUGUACUAGUAAAGAAGCAGUUUAUUGCAGAGCAGUAUAAGAAGAGGGGUUUAAUUGAUUUAUCUUAGUCAGAGCAAUAAUAAUUAGAUUCGAAUCUUUAUGACGAUAACUAUUAAGGUUAAAAUACCAAAGUCACCAAUAAGUAAUAUAAUGGGAAAAGUAGUGGAACGAACAUCAGAAACAGUAAGCUCAACCUACUCAAUCUAAAUAAGUCUGAAAUGAAUUACAGUAAUUUGGAUUCUAAUAAUCAUUCAAUUCUCUAAAAAUAAACUACCGAACUUCUAAACUCUCAUCGCCUAAGUGCUAAUCAAAACAGGAGUCUUGGUGAAUUAACCUAGUAAAAAAUAUCUAAAAUUAACUCAUCUAGAGUUGACAUGAUUAAUAGUGGUGAGUAGUCUUUAAUAUAAGAUAGAUCAAAUGAAAGGACAAUUCCUAAUGUAUCAACACUCUCAAAUCUGAUUAGAAAUGUGAAUUUUAUCAAGAGCAUAUAAUAAAAAUGCCUACAAAUGGACUUUGACAUAUCUUCCUCUAGUAAAAUUGUGCAAGCAGAUAAGAGAGCAAAGGCAAUUGCUUCGAUGAAUGGACUAGAUACUUUCAAAUCAGAUUAAGAGAUAAGGUAGCUUAAAUUAAAAUACCUUAAUAAGAAAAUCAGAGAAUAAAAUGUGACUUUAUUUCAAAACAAAGUAACAGACAUCACUCCAAGUGAUUAAUCAUAAAAUAAUUACUAUGAUAAUCCCUACACUCAAAGUUAAAAUCUGAAAAAUUAGAAAUCUAGUAACAUUAUUAAAUCUUCCCAGACUUAAAAGAAUUUAAAAGUUAGUAUUUAAAAUACCAAUAGAUCUAUGCUAUCAAAUUCAUCAUAGGAAAAUACUGAGAGGUCAUAAGCUUACUACUUAAAAUCCUCCAUUCAUAAAAGUCCAAUGAUAUCAAGUUAAAAUACAAACCCUCUUCAAGUAUAAAAACCUGAUAAUGCUGAUAUUAAUACUAGCAGACCUGAAUAAAGAAAACUAAAUAAGGACAAUGGUAGUACCUAGAUAAUUUAAUAAAAUAAAAGUGGCAAUUUGAACUUUAUCCAGACUCACAACUCAGAUUUACUUUAAUCUAUUAGAUCAUUAUCAUCUUAAAGAAACACAGGGAUUCUGAGUCUUCCUAGUAGAAAGUAUCAUAUUCUUAAGCAAAAUGAGGAUCAAGAUAUCAAACAAAGCCAGGAUUAGAUAGGUGGAUGGAAUAUUCUAAAUCAAUCUUAAGGCAUGGACUAAUCUUAAAUGAAAAAAUCCAUUACCUAGGUUGGCUAGCUUCUUCCACAAAUUUCUGAGAGAAAUCUCAACUAUAAUAAAAUUAACAUCAAUAAAACAGCUUAAGAUAUUUCAGCAACUAAUAAUAAUUUGACUGAAGACUAGCAGUAGAAUGUGAUAACCAAUAAAGCUCCAAGUUAAAAUUAAAUACACUUAAACUACAGUCUUAGUUAGAUCCGAAGCAAAAAUAAAAUCAUGAGUAUAAACAAUAUAUCUAUGGCCCAUAAUCUAUAAUAAAUUUAAAAUAAAAGAUCAAUUAGAUCGAGAAAAAGCUUAAAAUCUUAAGGAAAAUUAUUUAAGCAGAAAUUUGAGGAUAGUUAAAUAUUACAUGUUGAUGAGAAUAAAACUAAUGAGAAAAGAAGUAUGAAUAUAGCAUUGAAAAAUAGACAGAGAAUGAUAUUGUAAGGAAAUUAGAACCAAAGUAUCAACAAACUAGAACUACUAUGA